AUGUUACUUUUGGAAGAUGUUGAUGCCGGCUCUCCAUUGAUGCCUUAUCUUAGACGAAUAUUCAAUGCCUUAAAUAAAGAACUGUGCUUAUAUUAUAGUCCACUAUACUUUCCUUCAGCAUUCUCCAUCCCAUCAAUUGAGGAUAAUCCUAGCAACUAUAGCAGCUUAACAAAGUCUCUGUAUAUUUACAGACACUCAAAAGAGUACUGUCUAAUUGAGAGCUGUCUCGAUAGUGUUCGUAUAAGCUUAAAGUUUUACUUGAUGUGUAAAUUUGAACAAUGCUUGUUUCAACAAGCGAUAAAGUUUAUGACAAAGAACUCUGAUUAUUUCAAAAUAAUUAGGAAGAAAGAAAUUUUGGGAUUUGACGUCAGUUUCUUAAUAAGUUACAAUAUGUUUGAAAAUCUACAUUAUCCUUUGAUAAGUCCGGGAAAGUAUGAUGCCAUAAAUUUCGUAUUGAAGUUUAUUGUUAGUAUUGAUAUGCAGAUACAGAAGGAGAGACUUCAAAGCACAUAUUUUUCAAGAAGUUUUGCAUAUUUACUUGUAUCAAGCCUUAAUGUAGAAGACUUUGAAUGUGGAGAUAAUAUUAAAAUUAUUGGACAAGAAGUGAUGUCUGAGAAAAAGAGCAGAGUGAAAUCGAAGAAUUGUAACUCAGAAUGCUUAUCGUCUAUAGUGAACGAAGACUCUACAGUUACUCACCAGAUUAAUACCAAGUCUAUAGAAGAGGGUACUCCAAAUAAUAGUUUGUUAAACGAUUCAUUGAGUAAAGAUUCUGUAAUAUUAAAGGCAUUACGUACAAGAUUUAGAAUGAAGAAUUUGCAAUGA